CGGCCGCCGGGGCGGAAGCAACCCCCUCGCGGGGGCGCCCGACCAGUCACAGCCAGCCGGACCAGUCCGCCGCCCCGCCGGAAGUGCCCUCUCGGCCCGCCGCGCCGCGCCGCGGGAAGAUGGCGCAGGAGGCAGGCGACAUGGAAGAUGGGCAGCUUUCUGACUCGGAUUCCGACAUGACGGUGGCACCCAGCGACAGGCCGCUGCAGGUGCCGAAAGCACUAGGUGGGGACUGUGCAGUGAGGCCCUUCCAGAGUACUGCAACAGUGUGUGCUCCGGUAUCACAUUAUCGGACUGUUAAAAGUGUGGAUUCAAGUGAGGAGAGUUUUUCGGAUUCAGAUGAUGAUAGCUCUCUCUGGAAACGCAAACGACAAAAAUGUUUUAACACUCCUCCCAAACCAGAGCCUUUUCAGUUUGGCCAGAGCAGCCAGAAACCGCCUAUUGCUGGAGGGAAGAAGGUUAACAACAUAUGGGGUGCUGUGCUGCAGGAACAGAGUCAAGAUGCAGUGGCCACUGAACUUGGUAUCUUGGGAAUGGAGGGCACUAUUGACAAAAGCAGGCAAUCCGAGACGUACAAUUAUUUGCUUGCUAAGAAACUUAAGAGGGAAUCCCAAGAGCAUACAAAAGAAUUAGACAAAGAGCUAGAUGAAUAUAUGCAUGGUGGCAAAAAAACGGGAUCAAAGGAGGAGGAAAACGGGCAAGGUCAUCUCAAAAGGAAACGACCUGUCAAAGACAGACUAGGAGACAGACUAGAAAUGAACUAUAAAGGCCGAUAUGAGAUCACAGAGGACGAUUCUCAAGAGAAAGUGGCUGAUGAAAUUUCUUUCAGGUUGCAGGAACCAAAGAAAGAUUUGAUAGCCCGAGUAGUGAGGAUAAUUGGGAACAAAAAGGCAAUUGAACUUCUGAUGGAAACUGCUGAAGUUGAACAAAAUGGUGGCCUUUUUAUAAUGAAUGGUAGUCGAAGAAGAACACCAGGUGGAGUUUUCCUGAAUCUCCUGAAGAACACUCCUAGUAUCAGUGAGGAACAAAUUAAGGACAUUUUUUACAUUGAAAAUCAAAAGGAAUAUGAAAAUAAAAAAGCUGCUAGGAAGAGAAGAACACAAGUGCUGGGAAAAAAGAUGAAACAAGCUAUUAAAAGCCUAAAUUUUCAAGAAGAUGAUGAUACAUCACGAGAGACUUUUGCAAGUGACACAAAUGAGGCCCUGGCCUCUCUUGAUGAAUCACAGGAAGGACACGGAGAAUCGAAGUUGGAUGUGGAGGAAGCCAUUGAGGUUGAUCAUUCUCAUGAUUUGGACAUCUUUUAGGACAUUUUGAGAAAUAAGCCUUUCUAAGAUACCAUUGUAAUAAACCAUUUCUACUGAGAUUGCUUUAUUUUACUUUGCACUGAUAAACCCAAAAAUCUGGAGAGAACUGUUGUCUUGUUUUAAAUAAAAUUGAAUAUGUGGGAGAUGAAUGCAAUAAGAACAUUUAAAACUUUCUCAUGUAUGACAAACUACUUAAAAGUAUAUAGCAGAGGAUUUAAUUUCUCAAUCUGUUGCAUGUGCUAAUCAUUACUAGUUGAUAAUCAGUUUUGUCCAGGUCAUAUAACAUGCCAUUCAAAAGUUUGUUUUCUUUUUCUGAUUUAUCUUUGCGGUGAUUUAUGAUUGGUUUCAAACAUUCCAUUAAAAGAUCCUAAGACAUAAAUGGUUAAGCUAUUACAAAUGCAUUCAAAUUUAGUUUUUCUGUGUUCUAAGAACUCUUAAGCAGUUUUAAUAAUAGAGACUAAAAAUAGGUUUAUACUAGUGGCUCUUCCCACUUGUUUGUCCAGAAGUAAAUAAACAUCAGAAGCUUUUCAAAGAAGUAUCUGUUCUUAACUUUAACUUUGUUUUUGACCUCUUAUUAGUUACCUUGGUCAUAUAUUAAAUACUGAAUAUGAUCCAUACCUGCAUAAUUACCAUGACAUUUAAAAAAUUCCCAGUGACAGCCUGCCUAAGACUGUUUUACCUUAUGUUAAGGAAGUUAGGUAUUAAAAAUGUUUCAUCUGCAUGAUGUUUAAAAUUAUUCAUUUUUAUUUAAGGAAAUAAAGGUAGUUUACUUAAGAUGUUCCAGGAGUUGACUACAGUUUACAAAACAGAUUAAGCAAAAAUAUGUAGGGAGCAAUUAUUAACAAUUCUUUGCAGCAGUGUACUUGAAGUCUUUCAGUAGUUUCUGAAAUACAUGAUCAUUGAAGUUGGAGCUAAGUAUCUAAGCAGGGAAAGAAAAGGAAAUGGUAAUUGGUUACAUUUUAUUCAUAAAGAAUGCAAAAAUAAAAUUGGAGUUCUGGCAGUCCUUAA